CGAUCACCAUCAUGCCGAUUUUGGUAAAACAAGCUGACCGCUGGUACUUAUAUGAAUGCUAGAUCGUCAUACACACCCAACAUCCCCCAUCGACAUCCUCGAAUAUGACUGUAGUCUCAAAUAAUCCCAGUUGGUGGCCCUUCAUCAAUUUCACCGUUUUGUACAGCUAUUGGAUGGUUGCCGCAGCCUCCGUGGUGGUAUACGAUUGGGUAUUAACACUCGCACAAGAGAUUGACCUCGUUUGGACGCAACGCUGGUCUCUCAUGACCGUGCUGUACCUAGUUACACGCUAUGUUGGAAUACCAUUUUCUGUUGCUAGGAUUCUGGGAACCACCACGUUGGUCCCGUUGACAGAUGCAGUGAGCAAUAUCAUAGUCUAUGCAAUAAAUGGGGCAUCUGUGGUCAUAACUGCCAUGUUGGACGUCAUCAUGAUUGCUCGUUUGCAUGCCAUGUAUCAGAGAUCUAGGAGGAUGCUUAUCUUCCUUGUUAUCAUCUUCCUAGCUGUAAACAUCGCCUGCGGAGCAAUCGCGAUCACAGAACUCAAGUAUCAUUUCGUAUCGGAGGAAUUCAUACUCUCUGGUAUUCAUACGUGCUCUGUCGUAUUUGAGGGGGAUUCCAAGCUUCUGGUGUCAAUGGUCUGGAUGCUCAACACUGUUUGGGAGGUCCUCGCACUGUGUCUUUCAGUCUGGAUCGCUGCAAAGCACUUCCGUGACCUGCGACGACUCAGCCCAUUGACGGGAUCGACCAUCGGGGACUGUUUCAGAGUGCUGAUGGAAUCUCACGUGCUUUAUUUUGCAAGCUUUGCCGGUGUCUCAUGCCUCCAGCUUGUUACUCUCUCUCCAGAGUUCCAGAAUGCGAAUCCUGUAGCAGCUGCGAUACUCAAUGCUAGUAUGGCAAUUUUAUUACCCGUGCAGAUGUUUGUGCUGGGACCACGCCUCAUCCUUAGCGUUCGACAAUAUCACGCCAAACUCGUGGCUGAAUCCGACGCAGAAACUAGCAUGAAUUCAAUUGUCUUCCAGGAGCGUGUGUAUGUACCAACUAGCAGUACUGUGUAGGAAUUGGUUGCCGAGUGUUCCACAUGGAGGAGAUAUUUGGUCGAGGAUCCGUCGUAGUUAUUUUGGUUAUGACGUCUCAAAGUAUAUUUUAGACGAGGUUUAUGUAGACAAAACCCAUUUCUUGUAUCACUACUUGAAG